AUGUCUGUACCCCAUGGAUGUACUAGCCUAGCAUCCGAGGGACGCUGUAAUCUCGGGACUGGGGUGAGGGUAAUACGGUAUGUAUUGGGCUUGCAUGGUCCCAGACAUACUUUGGGUCCCUACUUCGGGGGCAUGACGGCCAGCCAUCAGGUCUCGCCAUCUUCUGACUGGUUCCAAGACAGCGAUAGCCAUCGUGACGCAAUUCUACCUCGACAAUCCGCCAGCCCAUCUGCAAGAUGGAGGGGGACAGCACAGCACGCGCAUCAACCCAGUUUGAGGGUCCCUCCAGUUCAAGACGACGUCACCUCGCAAGGUGGGACGGAUGUCUGCAGUACGUUAUGCUCGUUCAAGAUGCUGCCGCAGCAAGCACCGCAACCGUUUGUCGAGCCGGGUGUGAGCUCUCAGGGUAAAAAAAAAAAAGAAGAGAAAAAAAGAAAAGGGUCAGGUGCUUGGUACAUGAUGGUGCACGUGCUGGGUAGGGACAUAAUUGCGACACAGCCGUGGACCAACAACCAAGCGAGGGAAGGGGCAAUGUCCCGCGCCCUCGUUGCCCCGCAUUGCAGACAACCCCAAGAGGCGCUUCCGCAUGCACACCGCAUCUCAAUCAAUCUCAUCACUGGAUGGAACGUUUACUGCUCCAUGAAGGAGGGAAGGUCAGCCCGUCUAGGAGUAGGGAGCGACGCGGUAUCCUGGAAUGUUGAAUGUACCGUGACUACCGAAUAUCCACACGCCCACCCCAACCUUGGCUCGAGAGAUACCUACUACGUACCUACCUACCAUGACCGCAUUCCACAACGGCCAUUCAGCUAG